AUGGCGAACCGCACUGACCCUGAUGCAGAUACCGUCCAUGGAGCAAACCCCCAGUUUCUGGUGGAUCGAAUCGUGCGAGUGAAGAUCUACAACGAUGCUUACUGGAAGGAAUACUGCUUUGGUUUGACCACCGAGUCGUUGAUUGACGAGGCCGCGAGGCUGGACUAUGUGGCCGGGACCUAUGGUGGGCGCCGGCGGCCUUCGCGGUUUUUGUGUCUCUUCCUGAAGCUGCUUCAGAUCCAGCCAGAGGAGGAUGUGGUCAUGGAGUACAUUAAGCAGCCAGAGCUGAAAUAUUUGCGAGCACUGGGCUGUGCGUAUCUCCGGAUCACGGCCAGGUAUCUGACCAUCUACCAGACCCUAGAGCCCCUCUUUGCCGACUAUCGAAAGCUUCGGUAUCGAGACAUGAACGGCAAGAUGUCCAUCAUCCGCAUGGACGAGUUUGUGGAUUGGUUGAUGAGAGAAGAGACGAUUUGUGACGUCCUUUGGCAGAAGUUGCUAUAG